CCUCCAUGCUGCAGGGAGUCUUUGGGGACGUGCCCGCCCCAGGGAGCCCCAGCCAAGCCCCUGCUGAGCUGCCGUGUCCUCCCUGUGCUGAGCAUGAAGCUGCUGCACCUGAACCCAAAGAGACCCCAGAGCCCAGCGAUGCAGGGAGCAUCCAGUGUUCUCACCUGGCCUCGCUGCAGCCAGACCCAGCCCCUAUGCAGGGCCAGGAGCCCCCCAGCAAGGAGCCCCCGCUCCUACUCAGUGAAGACCCCAAUGCCAAAGUCCUGGUGGAGGGGGAGCGUUCCCUGGCACCCCCUGAGGAAGUGGAUGAGGAGGAGGCGACAGUGAAGGCAGGAUCCAGCCCCAUGGAGGAGGAAGAGGAGGUGGUCGUGGUGGCAGGAUCCAUCCUGCAGGAGGAAGAAGAGGAGGUGGUGGUGGAAGAAUCCAGCGCCGUGGAGGAGGAAGAGGAGGCGGUGGUGGCAGGAUCCAUCCCUCAGGAGGAAAAAGAGGAGGAGGUAAUGGUGGCAGGAUCCAUCCCUCAGGAGGAAGAGGAGGAGGAGGUAAUGGUGGCAGGAUCCAUCCCUCAGGAGAAAGAGGAGGAGGAGGUAAUGGUGGCAGGAUCCAUCCCUCAGGAGGAAGAAGAGGAGGAGGUAAUGGUGGCAGGAACCACCCCGCAGGUGGAGGAAGAGGAUGCAGUGAUGGUAGCAGGAUCCAGCCCCGUGGAGGAAGAAGAGGAGACAGUAAUGGUGGCAGGAUCCAUCCCUCAGGAGGAGGAAGAGGAGGUGGUGAUGGUGGCAGGAUCCAGCUCUACACCCAGUCUUGAGGAUGACCGUGACGGCACGGAAGCCACCCCCAGCCUCUCAGAGGCUGUUGUUCUGCCCUUGGAACCCCCUCCAAAGCCCAGCUCCCCAGAGGAGCCCAUGCCCCAAGAGCCCACCCAGGCUGUGGUGCCCUCUCCUGAGCUUGUGGUGCCCUCCGAGGCUGCAGAGCCUGUUCCUGAGGUUGUGGCACCCGUCCCCAUCCCGCUGCCCGCUCCCUCCCCUCCGCUCUCCAAACUCAUCCAAGUGCCUCCUCUCUCCUCCUCGCCGCUGCCGCGCUUGGAGGACACCUCAGGGCUCAGCGAGGCCACACGGCCGGAAGAACGUCCGUCUGUCCCGCCGGCCUCCAGGAAGCUGCUGGAGGCCCCGGAGCCGUUGCCACAGAAGGAGAAGACGAGGGGCAGGAAGGCGCCAGCCGGCAGUAAGGGUGCGCGGGGGCUGGAGGCAGAGGGGGGACCCCGGCGUGCACCCCGGGGCUCGGUGCAGUCCGAAUCGAGCUCCUCCAGUGAGGCCGAGCUGCCCUACCGUGUCCCCAGCCCCGCUGAGCACCUGCCCGCCAUCGCCCUGCUGGAGGACAAGGCGGCACCGCAGCAUGGUGAGGCCAACCACAAAGGAUCGUGCAACGAGUCCGAGAGUAAUGAUGAGUCCAUCCCAGAGCUGGAGGAGCCAGAGGGCGCAGAGCCACGGCCCAUGCAGACCCAGGCGCCGCUCACCCACUCGCUGGGCACCGGGGAGGAGAGCAUCAGUAAAGCCAAGCAGAGCCGCAGUGAGAAGAAGGCCAGGAAGGCCAUGUCCAAGCUGGGACUGAGGCAGAUCCACGGCGUCACCCGCAUCACCAUCCGCAAGUCCAAGAACAUCCUCUUCGUCAUCACCAAGCCUGAUGUCUUCAAGAGCCCCGCGUCCGACAUCUACAUCGUCUUUGGGGAAGCCAAGAUCGAGGACCUGUCGCAGCAGGUGCACAAGGCUGCGGCUGAGAAGUUCAAGGUGCCCAUGGAGCAUUCCCCACUGAUCACAGAGACGGCGCCUGCGCUCACCAUCAAGGAGGAGAGCGAGGAGGAGGAAGAGGUGGAUGAGACGGGUUUGGAAGUGCGGGACAUAGAGUUGGUCAUGGCCCAGGCCAAUGUCUCACGCCCCAAAGCUGUGCGGGCACUCAGGCACAACAACAACGACAUCGUCAAUGCCAUCAUGGAGCUGACCAUGUAGCGGCCGGCCCCGGCCCCCUGUAUAGGUGCACAGUUCUCCUUGCCCUGACGUCCCUCCUCGAGCCCCAUGCCUCUGCCUUGCCCGCCUCCUAAUGCUCAAUAAAUGGCCUCAUGUAUCACUUGGAUCGCA